AUGUCCAACACAUCAACCACGACGCGCAAAUCGGCCGCCGACAUCAUCAACUCGGCCUCACGGCCCACCAAGCCCUUCGCGCGGCACGAAACCCACAAGCACGACCCCCGCAAGCAACUGUGGUGCGACACGCAGUGGACCACGCUGAGCAUGCAGGCCAAAAAAACGCAUAACCUGCCCACGUUGCCUUAUUUUGAUCCGGACACGAUGCUGCUUAGUAAGGAGGUGAAUGAGAAGUUGUGGCGUCAAUUGGAGAGACUGUGGGAUUACUUGGGCCCCGAAAGGGCGCCGUUCGCCACCCCCGUCAUGGCCGAGGGCGGCGAAGUGAAAUGGCAUUCGUUCAUGAAUGGGGACAAGGGCGACGAGGCCGAGGUGUAUGCGAGUGCCGUGGACGCGUUCAUGAGUCGGACGCGCAAGCCGGGGGAGUAUGAUGGAUGA